UCCUUGUGAAAAGUAUUCAAAUUUUGCAAAUUAUAACCAACUACUCUCUAACGAGACACCCAAAAAUAUAGAAAUAAAGGUUUUUCCUCUGCUACAACGUCACGUAAAAUACACCAAUCUAUUUAUCUUUUCUCAAAAGUAAGUAAAGCUGCAUUUCUAAUUAGUUUACUUUCAAAUUUCAAUAGGAAAGAUGAUGGCGUUUAAUGAACAAGUGAGAAUAGUAAUCAGAGAAUUCAACGCGAACAAAGAUUGCAGACAAGUGGAAGAAGUUGAAAGAAGAUGUGAAGUUGGUCCUAGUGGAAAAUUAUCUCUUUUCACUGACCUUUUAGGUGAUCCAGUUUGCAGAGUUCGCCAUUCGCCUGCGUAUCUCAUGCUGGUGGCAGAGAUAGUAGUGGGAGAAGAAAACAGGGGAAUAGUAGGAAUGAUAAGAGGUUGUAUCAAAAGCGUUACGUGUGGAAAGAGACUGUGGAGGAACAAUCACGAUUUCCCCAAAUUGCCUCAUCAACAACACCUCCCUGUUUUCACUAAACUUUCCUAUAUUUUAGGCCUUCGUGUCUCUCCUCAUCACCGGAGAAAGGGAAUAGGGUUGAAAUUGGUACGGAAGAUGGAAGAAUGGUUCAGAGAAAAUGGCGCUGAGUAUUCAUAUAUAGCAACUGAAAACGAUAACCAAGCUUCUGUAAAACUCUUCACACACAAAUGCGGUUACGCCAAGUUCCGUACUCCAUCCAUUCUGGUGCAACCCGUUUUCGCUCACCGGGUCAAAAUCUCAAAAUCCGUAACCAUUUUCAAACUCACCCCGACUGAAGCCGAAACUCUGUAUCGCCAUAAAUUCUCCACCACAGAGUUUUUCCCAAAAGACAUGGAUUCAAUUCUCAACAAUAAACUCAAUUUAGGUACUUUUCUAGCAGUUCCAAAAGGUACAUUUUCAUGUCAUUGGCCAGGUAUCAACGAGUUCUUAACGAAUCCGCCUGAGUCAUGGGCUGUACUCAGUGUAUGGAACUGUAAGGACGUGUUCAAGCUCGAAGUUCGAGGCGCAUCGAGGAUGACGAAGGGUUUAGCCAAAACGACCCGUUUAAUGGACCGGGCAUUUCCAUGGCUUAAGGUUCCAUCUGUACCCGAAGUUUUCAGGCCUUUUGGGCUUCAUUUUAUGUAUGGGCUUGGCGGGGAAGGCCCAUUAUCCGUUAAGCUAACUAAGGCACUUUGUGAUUUGGCCCAUAACUUAGCCGCUGAAUCGGGUUGUGAAGUGGUGGUGACGGAAGUAGCAAGCUGCGAACCGCUUAAGUUAGGAAUUCCUCACUGGAAAAAACUAUCAUGCGCCGAGGACUUAUGGUGUAUUAAACGAUUAGGGGAAGACUAUAGUGACGGGUCUGUGGGUGACUGGACUAAAUCACGGCCUGGUCUUUCUAUCUUUGUUGAUCCCAGAGAAUUUUAAACUCUUUCGAUAUUCCAUCAAGUUUGAUAUCUACAUUAUUAAAGUUUGACUAAUUAAAAUUGUAUAUGAUCUCUGUCCUAUUUAAAAAAAACACGGCAUACUCAUGACUUGAACCUCAGAUCGAAAAACAACCUUCAUCCACUACUAUUACAUGUGUAGAGAAUUUUAACUUUCAAUAUAUUAUAUAUCUUGUCUUGUAGAUUUGGGUAAAUAUAAUUUAGAAGUCAACUUUUUCCUUUUUUUGUAUUAGCUUUUUUUGUAGAAGAUUUAAAGGUGAAAAGAAACAAAAAAGAGAUGGGGUACAAAACUUUUUGAUUGUUGUUGUAAAGGGGUUUGUAAAUAUCCGUUUGUUUCUAGAUAAUCUUCAUAUGUUAUAUUUGGCCAUUUGGGAUUAA